AGAGUUAGGGAUCCUAUAAAUUCUAGGCACUGCUCAGCUUCUAGGGUUUCGAACGCCGACGAUCCUGAAAAACCCCUUCUCCUCGCUUCGAUCAGGCGUAGCCAUGGUGAACGUACCAAAGACGAAGAAAACAUACUGCAAGAAUAAGGAGUGCAAGAAGCACACCUUGCACAAAGUCACCCAAUACAAGAAGGGAAAGGAUAGUAUUUCUGCUCAAGGGAAACGGCGCUAUGACAGGAAGCAGUCCGGUUAUGGUGGACAAACAAAGCCUGUUUUCCACAAGAAGGCUAAAACUACAAAGAAGAUUGUGCUGAAACUGCAGUGCCAGAGCUGCAAGCAUUUCUCACAGCACGCAAUUAAGAGAUGCAAGCACUUUGAGAUUGGCGGAGACAAGAAGGGCAAGGGGACUUCUCUGUUCUAAGUUAUUUGGCUUUCUUUUGCAUUUCACCAUCUUAUCUUUACUUUGUUGUAGGUGGAAAUUCUCUCUUUUCUCGUACUAGGGUUUGUCAAAUUUUGUUGGAUAUUUUUGUUGUUCUGAAUUAUUUCCCCUCUAUGCCAAAUGCUAGUUUACUUUUCUAAGUUGUAUUUUGGCCGACAUUGCCUUUUUAUCAGUCUGCGUGACUCUUUCCUAUGGUAGCUUUGUGUAGCUAUGAUAGUCAUUAA